UUAUACUAUAUGAAAAACCUAUAACCGUAAUCGGUAAUGUGCGAGUAAGAGAAUUUGUGUCGCGCGCUGCUUCUCCUGUUAUCGAGCAAACACAUCGCUUUAUCGAUUAGUCGCUCAGUCUGCUUAAAUCUCACUGCCUUUCCGCGCGGCGCUUCAGACGUUGAAAGUGGAUUCCACGAAUGUGCUAUUCUUAUGAUCGUUUGAAAAUGAUAUUAGCUCUCUGGGUGUAUAUACAAUAGCAGUAGUGGGAAUUACUCUUGCUUCAUGAAAAUUAAUAAAUGGAUAUGAACUUUCAUACCGGUAGGAAAAUUUGAUUUGACUCAAUCAUUUUACUUUAAGGGUCGUCUAAUAGAAAAAAUUAUGAUAGCAUAUGGUUUGACAAACUGAACGAAUGGAUAAUAUUCAAAAGCGAGUUAAGAUGUUUUAAUGAUAUUUUGAUAUUUUCUUUCUUCAUUUGCAAACGUAAUGUUGUAAUAUACUAUAUGUGAGAAAGAAAGUGACAAAAUUUGAUACUUAAGUAUAAAUGCAUAUCCAGUUGUUCAGUGGAUAAACAUAUUGAAAGAAGCGGAAUUCCUCACAGACAGGUAUGAUGCACCUAACUGUAUUUACGUGAACUUAUCUGUUCUUAACGUAUGACAACAUAUAAAGACAGUUACAGCAACUUUGACAUCAAGACAAUCACAACCGUUCAACUUGAAGAGCUGUUCCUUUUAAAUCAAGCCACAUGUUGAUAAUAUCUCAAAGGAGAGAAGAUGGAAAAAAUGUAAAAAAGUUCACAACCAAACUGAAAAGGAAUAUGAAUUACUGACGAACAUUCUGAAGUAGACAACAUGUUUAAACACAUCAAGAUGAAGUGGACAUAUUUCGUUUAAAGGAUUGAUCACUGCGUGUUUGGUUUCAAAAAUAAAGCAUAUUUCAAAGAAGAUAAACGAUCGUUGCCACAUCUGUUAGUAUAUAAAAAGAUUGUGUUUAUGACAUUUCUGACUACUCCCUAUGACUACUCCCUAUGACGGCGAGUAAUAUGUAUGAUGACCAAAUUAUUUAUGGAAAAAUAUUGAAUAAAGUACUUAACCUAAUCCUAUAAAGUUAGUAAUAAAUGUCGGAGAUCUUUUCAAAGUGACUGUUAUUUUCCGCCGAUAUUGUUUCUAAUCAAAGACGUAUGAGCUUUCAGAAAGAAUGCAUAUUGAUCAAGGAGAUAUGAUCGCUUGCGUAUUGUGACUCGAUUUAAUAUAGAAACGGACCAAUAAACUUCAAUAACAUAAUGACAGAAAAAUCUGCAAAGUUAUUUUAAACUUAUGAAUGUAGUAAGAUUCAAUUUUGUAUUCUCUGAAUCAGUGGAACAUGAGAAGAAGUGAGAAAUCAGUUAAAUAAUCACUUAUUAAAGUAUUAUUGUCAAACAAAUAUUAUAACUUGAAAAGAUAACAUCUACAGUAUAAGAAUAAAUUAUCGGUAGUACAAAACAAUGGAGUCGCCUGACAUUCGUGGUGCAGAGGAUAGUUUGGAUAUAAUUGGUAACGAUUCAUACAGUCGGCCGGACAUUUUGAAACAGUCCAUACCUCUUACAGCAAUUUUUAUCAUUUUAUACGUUAUCUUGUUUUUCAUCGGUGUCAGUGGAAACUCCUUGGUCGUAUAUGUCGUUUUGCGAAAUAAAGCAAUGCAGUCAAUAACCAACAUUUUCAUUACUAAUUUAGCUGUAUCAGAUAUCAUGAUGUGCUUAUUGGCUGUUCCGUUUACCCCAUUAUCGUACUUCAUGAAUUCCUGGACAUUCGGAGAGGUUCUCUGCCACAUUGUGCCUAUGACACUAUGUAUAUGCGUUUACGUAUCAACACUUACGUCUACGGCAAUAGCGGUUGAUAGGUACUUUGUAAUCGUUUAUCCCUUCAAACCAAGAAUGAAGACGUGUGUAUGCCUACUGAUGAUCGUUGCUAUAUGGAUAAUAUCGGUAUCGAUAUCUCUCCCUCUCGGAAUUUAUCAGCAAAUUGAAGAAACUGGAGACACAAAAUCGUGCACCGAAAAAUGGCCAAAAGAACAAGCACGCCAAUUUUUCACAGUCACAAGUCUUGUACUACAGUAUAUAGUGCCUUGUAGCAUAAUAACUUACUGCUAUUCAAAAGUCUCCUUAGCUUUACGAAAAAGGUCUAAAUCUCGCAUUGGAAGCGGAAGUGUGAGCCGUGAACGUGACGAAAUGGAAAUAAGAAGAAAGCGACGAACUAACAAAAUGUUGAUAGCUAUGGUGACUAUAUUUGUUAUCUGCUGGCUGCCCUUAAACCUGGUUCUCUUAGUGGGAGAAUAUCAUCCAACAUUUGCACAUACUCCGUAUCAUCCUCUGAUAUUUCUGACUGCACAUGUGAUCGCUAUGAGUUCGACAAUUUACAAUCCAUUCUUAUAUGCAUGGAUGAACGACAAUUUUAAAAAAGAAUUUAAACUUGUACUUCCGUGUUUAUUUCGUCGAGGAAGUAGUAGUAAUGUAAAUGGGAACUAUACACAAUAUACUCAUGUAGAGACAAAUCCUUCAGUCGUAAUGAACAAAUCGCCUCAGAGAGAAAGUAAUGGAAAUGAUAAUGUAAAAGAAACAAAGGCAUAUUUUGAAGCAGACACUGAAAAAGUUCAUUUAAACGUAAGUGAGGAUCAUGACAAUUCUGACUGAAGGUACCUGGAGACUCAUCUGUAAUAGGAUUAAACACAAACAUAUGUAAUAUUUCAUGUGUAGGUGUUUCGUUUCGAAAUAAAACUCGUUGAUGGGAAUUCUCAUUACGUCACAAUGGAUGAUAAAUACUAUCGGAACUAUGUUAUUCAAUUGUGCGCAUAAAGAGUAGCGUUUAUAUGUGGUAGUCCAACGCAUGCUAGAUUACAAAGAGAAUGUUAGAUUUACAGUUUUAGACAUUAUUAGGAAUAUUAAACUUUAGCAGUCUGAAAUAUUGGCACUUGAUGGAGAACGAGUGGAUAUACCGACUCCUAUACCCAGAUGAGUCUCCGAAACAAGAUAUUUCUGGAAAAUAAAGCUUGCGUUUUAAAGCCAUACGUACCCAACGGGUUUUAGAUUCGCAAAAGUCAGAACUGUACGAUCGGAAAUCCCGGUAAUAAAACAGUUUUAAGACACUAUGACAUCCGAAAAAAACACUACAGAGAAUAUGGAGGCAACUCAUGGGCAGAUAUAAGACGCUCGUAAAAACUGAAAACAGGACCAGGAUUAUGUAAAGAUUAGAUAUUGAUAACUUUGAUAGAAAUAAGGUGUUUCGUCAUCAUGAUCUCGAUUUAUGGCGGUGUGGUGUAAUCCUCCAAUCAUUUUAGUAUUUGAAUUGUGUUUAAACUAUGUACUGGUGAUUCUUCUGCGGGACAAUGUUUUGCUUUUAGAUGUGUAUUCAAGUUACUUGUUGUUGUACAGAUUUGGCCGUUAAUAUAAAUGUGUUAGCAUUCAUACUAUAAUUGUUAUAAUUCUAAUAAUAUGCUAUUUAGAUACAACAGUACUAAACUUAUUCGAAGUAUGGACUUACCAUAGUUGACAUUCUUAGGAUAAACAAAAUGUAAUAAAAGUCUUAACGUUUUUACAAGCAGAACCAUUCGUUUUUGAAAUAUCCGCUUUUGCUAUUUACACCAUUGUGGGUGGUCCUAUUAAGCGCCAUGUGAUUGAAACAAGAGAAAUUUUUACGUGACUAAAAUUAAAAUCCCGACAAUGGGUAAACAAUCAUCUCUUUGGUUUGCUUAAUAUAUGUAUUGUAUAUUAAAUUGUCGGACGGAUUUUAUUAACAGAAAGUAGAAACAAAUGAUAUAGAUUAGGUCAUCUUCACCUGUCAACGUUUGUCAUUACAAUUUUCAUUAUAUUUCACAUUCCUUCAUUGUUUUGUAAAUGUUUAAAUAAGGCAUUGUUGUGUUUAACAUAUUGAUAUGUUCCAUUGAAUAGUUUUGUGUGUAAAUGUGUUGCUUGGGCCGUUCAAGUCACGUAAUAAUUUGUUUUGUUUUAGUUUAUUGUUGCCGUUAAGUUUGUUUUAAGAAAUAGUACAAUGUGAUAGUACCUCUUUGGUAAGAAACAAAGUGAGGAACAAGUCUAUGCUUUUUUUUGAAAUAACUAAUUUUCUUUACAUUGUUUCAAACUCAAAAAAAAUAUCCAAAUAUUACGAGGCCUUAAUAUUAACAUGUUUUUAAUUAAGAUUAUUCACAUCACGAAACGAAAUUAACAUAUGUAUAUGACAGCUUGAUUUUAAACAAAAUUGUGAUGAUAAGUAGAACUUACCUGUGUCAGGUGUUUUAAGUACCAAUAUGUGAUGCCUGAAUAGACAUGUUCUUGAAAUAUGGGUAAGUAUAACUUCAUUGCUAGAUUUACUGUUGCCUCCUAUAAGAUUCUAGCAGUCUUAUUGGUUAAAAGGUGGUCACAUUGUAACCCCAUCUAUUUAUGUAAGGCAGUAGAUCUCACGUCGGGUUAAGCUAAAAACAAUUGCCCGAUAAACAGUGCAAUUUUUAGGUUUCGUAGUGCUCCUGCGCGGAAAUACAGGUAGUCAGAUAAGUAAGGCGACUCAGCGAUCGUAUCGUUGUCCUACCCAAUUUAUCAUACUGAUUAAACAUAUUUCCACUAGGUGUCACAAAAAAAAACAACUAAAAAAAUAACACCUUCAUAUGUAAAUGCAUUAACUGCAUAAACCUAUUCUUAAUUCAUGCAGUCACAGUUCAUAUUUAUAUAAGUCUUAAGUAGAUUUAAUUGUUUCUGUUGCUUCUUCAUCUGUUGCACAGUGGUUUUUACUAUUACUCGUAUAUACAUAUACAUGUAUAUGACUUAAAUCUAUUCUCUCAGGAUGUCGAUAUAUGCGCAUCCUUUUGAUGGAAAAGCAGCACACACUAUUUCUUUACUUCGAGUAAAUCCCGUUAGUCUUAAAAUUGUUUUAUUUGGCAAAUUAUUCGGUCAACCAAACAUACUGUAAAUUCAACAAAUGAUAAGACCAACAUGUAUUUGUGAUUUCCAUGGAAAAUAUAUUCAAAAAUAAUUUCAUAAUGAACAUGUAACAAUACGUUGGAGACCUGUCAUGCGAUUUUAGCAAUGUUUUAAAUUAAAAAUAAGGAAGAUUAUUCUUCAAUUUACAAAGCGAAAUAACAUAUCUAUUUGAAAACGCCAUUUUGACCUAAAUAUUUCUUUUCUGACAUUUUGCUGUUCGGUAUAUGUAUUCCAUAACAGAUUAAUUAUAUCAUGAAUUGAAUCAUUUUAGUAUUCUUUCUCUUUAAACUGUUGUAGGUGAUGAAUAUUUAAUGCAGAAUUUUCAAUAUCAAUGCUUUCAAACGAUAGAGGUACAGAACCUUCAUUGCCUCUGUCUCUUCCGAGGAAAUUAAGGGGAACAUAGAAUUCUGUAUGUAUGCAUGGUUAUUCAAAUAAAUUGGCAUAAACUACAAAACUACAAAAUAAUAUGUCGUUUCCAAGACCAAGAGCACCUAACUUUAAAGUCAAGGUAAUAAAAACUUACAUGCAUUUCUUAUUCCCUUUUAUCUGAUAACGAACAAAUCCUGUUUUUGUUUAAUGUUCUUACUAACUUACAAUUAAAAUUCUGUCUAAGGUAGGUCUGCAUUAUUCAAUGUAGAAUUUAACUAAUUUAACCAAACCUUUAGUAUCUUUUUAUUCUUUUUUAUUUUGUUGGGGUAAAUGUCUCACCGACACAAAUAUAGGUCAUAUGGCGAAUUUCCAGCUUUGAUAGUGGAGGAGGACCCCAGAAACUUGUAUAUUGUCAGUCAUACAGUCAAGUAAAAUAUAUAGGUGCGUGUAUUUAAUUUUGAGAUACUUGCUGAUAAGUGAAAACAUCCGCGAACUUUAAGCUGAUUUUCACACAUUCAUUGAAAUUUCACCACAUAAUUACAUAUAUUUAUCUUUACAAAUUUAUUAAACCGUCUAUUCAUAAAUUUACAAAUGAGUUGACAUUAAGAGGUAGAAUGAUCUUCGUUUCCAUAUGCUGGAUCAAGGCUAUAUACUUCGUUUUCUGGAUAAAUGACGGUUCCGCCUUACAGAUCUACCUUAUUAGAAGAUUAUUUUUAUCAAUAUAUAUCACAAUACCAUUUAUCCAGUCGUUUUGCAUUAACAAUUCUAAGCUGGGAGAUGCAGCUAGUGCAGCUCUAUGCAUUGAGUUACACUGGCACGACCUUUAACUGGUAUCUGAAAGCUUAAAAAUGGAAAAUAGCAGUAAAUCUUUCAAAUAAAUGCAGCAAUAUGUGUUAAAGUGUUUAUUUCCAGUCAUUUUCAAACUAAUACUCUCUUCAUCAAGUUCAUUAUGUAUACGAUUUUUAGGUUCAAGUUAAUGAAGACAGAUUUAGUAUUUUGCAACUUAAUAUUAGGAGUGUCUGGACAAAAUUUCUAUAGGCUGGGGACGUUAAUAAUUGUGCCACAAUUGUACUUUUUAGAUUUCUUGUAUUAUAAUUGUUAUUUAUUGUUUUUGAUUUUAGUUCAACUUGUGUCAUUUUGCUAGAGAACGAGUUUGCUUGAAAGGCUUAUGAUGUGAUUGGCCAUUCUAAAAGGCAGGAACUUUCAUUGCCUACAGGUUCAUGAAGAUCAUGUACACAGUAACACAGCUAUUUAAAGUGUACAUAUUCUAAACAAUGCUAAUAGCAGAGAAAUCAGCAAAGUAUAUAUCUGUUUAACGUAAUAUCAAUGUCAAGUAAAAAAAGUGCCACUAUAUAAUUAUGUGAAACUACGGGACUGGUUUCCCUUUCGUAGGAAGCAUAUUCGUUUAAUGUGUUCUAAUGUGAUUUUUGACGUUCUGAUUUUUUUAAAAAAUGGAAAUUGAAUAUCCUUCAUAUAAGCAACUGAUACGAGUGUUCAUCACUACUGAAAGUUAAUGUUACACGACAUGUCUAUGAUAAUGUGUGUCCAUUUUAUUUUAUUAACGGAAUUUAUGCGGCCGAAAUUUGUAAUUGCAUUUGAGUUAAAAUUGUACAUUCCUAUAUCUUGAAUGUUGUUUAAGAUCUAUUUGUGGAUAUUCUAUGUUCUUUGUAUUCUAUUACUAUGUAUCAUAGCUAGCAGUGAAGACAAAUUGUUGAAAUAAUAAACCGGAAGGAAAAUCCAUAUUCAAAGAAUGCAGCCACCAAUACAGAAAUCCACAUGAAAAAAAAGUAAUAGAUCUACGUGUAAAGGUAUACACGCACAUACGUACAGAACACAUGUAUACAUAAACAUAAAUAAAUGCAGUUACAAAUAACGCAACAGAGAGACAAAAACAGGGUAAACUUUAAAGAAUAAAGUUUAUACUAGUUUUAUUUUCCUUAGGCAGUCUGCUGUCAUAAAUGCUUCUAAACUGUUUCUACAUGGAAACGAUAUAUGAAUAUUGCCCUUUAGAGUCAUUAUAUCCAAAACGUUAUUGCUCUGAAAAUAUUUCGGUAGUAAUGUAAUUAGGGUAGAAUGCGUUGAUGAAAUUUAUAGUUAGAUACGAUGUAGAUAAGCAGUUCAUCUCUUGUACAAUUGAAUACGUCAAAUCUGCAUAGAUAUACGAAAUUGCAAUAUCGUUAUGCAUUUAUAUUGAAUGGCAAUGUAUGCUUUCCAACUUUUCUUUAUAUUUUACCUUUUAUCUUACUAUUUUGUUCAGUUCAAAGGAGCAUAGUGGAUGUUACAUGCAGGAACAAUUACAAAUGCAUCAGGCCAAUGCAUCACCUUUGUGUUAGACACACAUUUAGGGUAUUUAUUUUCUGUAUGAAUAUAAGUGAACAGUUAUGAAAAGAGAACAAACAUCAUUACUUUUGUAAAGGCUUUGCUUUUGACGAAAAUAAAUACAAAGACAAAAAUCAAAUAAGUAUAUACCUCCUUAUCUGCAUUGUAUUCCUCCAUAUUUGACAGUAAAUAUAAAAGUAAAUCUUGUGAAGUAAUACAUUAUUUUUAAAAAGAUCUUUAUACAUGUACAUGCACAAUAUAAGCUACAUACAUUGAUUAACACAUUCCGUCGUCUGCUGCUUAUAGUACAAAUGAUCGGGAACAAGCAUUCUUGUUACUUUCAUCGCUAUUCCAUUUAUUUUCUUGUAAGAUCAACAUUUUUAAUACGUGCUUCACAGUAAAUUACCGAAAUAUUAGAGAGAAAUAUAUCUGGUAUUUUCACAGUGCAAAAUAUCAAAUAUAUGUUUCACUGGUAAGGGACUAAAAAUGGAUAAAUUUAGUCAAAAUAUUGAAAUAAAAAUUUAAGACCGAAAUAUAUUUCGCUCAUGAUUACCAUAAUUAUUACAUGCUUCUCUGGUAUUUUCAAAGUGAAAUAUAUCAAAUUAAUUUUUCACUGGUACGAUACUAAAACAAAUGGGUAAAUUUAAUAAAAACAUGAAAUAAAAAAAAGUUGUUUCUUUUACACGUUAGAUCAAAAUAUUUUUAACUCCUGAACACCAUAAUUCACAUUUUCUCACUUGGCUGCGCCCCUCGUGGAAAUAAUGCAUAUGGUACUCACUCACUGAAACAAACAGAUAUCCUCUAUAUAUUUUACAGGAAAAAUUGGUAAAGUUGAUGAAGAUUGAAGAAUAUAACAACGUUUUUAUCAGUAUUCUUUAUAUGUUUCUAAAGAAAUCACAUCACUGUGCUGCCUCUUUAGGUAAAGACAUCUGUAUAUUAUUAAUGAUAAUAAUUCUUCUUCUUCUUCUUAUUGUUAUUAUUCUCAUUAGUAUUACUAAAUAACAAUAAUUAUUAUCAUUAUUAGUAUUUCUUAAAUUAUUAUUAUCAUUAUUAUAUUUAUUAUUAUUAUUAUUAUUAUUAUUGAAAUAAGCAUUAUUAUAUAAUGUCAUUGAUUCGGUGAUUUUAUGUUGGCGUGAAUCAAAAUUCAACUAAUGUAUCUCUAGUUUAUCGAUUAAUUUCAAAAAACUUAAGAACUAAACGUAAAUGAUUUUUAUUUCAUUCGAUAUAUCAAGGUAAAUCACGAAAGGGAACAGAAUGUCAACUUUGCAUUGAUUUAUUAUUACAUGUAUGAAAUCGUUCAAAGAGAAAAUAUCGGCCUGGCUAAACUUUAUUUCAAACAUUUCUUCAAUUUGAUUAAACACACACUGCUGCUAAGGUCAAGCAGCAAUUGGGCAGUCGCUUACUAUCAAGGAAAUGCAAUGCGUCACAUGUUUCGGAAAAUACAUAAACAUUUUUAGCUCACAUGUCACAAAGUGACAAGGUGAACUUUUGUGAUCACUCAGCGUCCGUGCGUCAAUGCGUCCGUAAACUUUUGCUUGUGACCACUCUAGAGGUCACAUUUUUCAUGGGAUCUUUAUGAAUAUUGGGCAGAAUGUUUAUCUUGAUGAUAUCUAGGUUAAGUUUGAAACUGGAUCACGUGCGGUCCAAAACUAGGUCAGUAGGUCUAAAAAUAGAAAAACCUUGUGACCUCUCUAAAGGCCAUACUUUUCAAUGGAUCUUCAUAGAAAUUAGUCGGAAUAUUUACCUUGAUGAUAUCUAGGUCAAGUUCGAAACUGGGUUAUGUGCGGUCAAAAACUAGGUCAGUAGAUCAAAUAAUAAAAAUACAUUGUAACCUCUCUAGAGGCCAUAUUUUUCAUGGGAUCUAUAUGAAACUUGGUUUGAAUGUUCAUCUUGAUGAUAUCUAAAUCAAGUUUGUAAUUGGGUCAACUGCGAUCAAAAACUAGGUCAGUAGGUCUAAAAAUAGAAAAACCUUGUGACCUCUCUAGAGGCCAUACUUUUGAAUAGAUCUUCAUGAAAAUUGUUCAAAAUGUUCAUCUUGAUGAUAUCUAGGUCAAAUUCGAAACUGGGUUGCGUGUCUUUAAUAACUAGGUCAGUAGGUCAAAUAAUAGAAAAACCUUUUGACCUCUCUAGAGGCCAUAUUUUUCAUGGGAUCUGUAUUAAAGUUGAUCUGAAUGUUCAUCUUGAUGAUAUCUAGGUCAAGUCGAAACUGGGUCAACUGCGCUCAAAAACUAGGUCAGUAGGUCUAAAAAUAGAAAAACCUUUUGACCUCUCUAGAGGCCAUAUUUUUCAAUGGAUCUUCAUGAAAAUUGAUCUGAAUGUUAACCUUGAUGAUAUCUUGGUCAAGUUUGAAAAUGGGUCACGUGCGUUUAAAAACUAGGUCAGUAGGUAUAAAAAUAGAAAAACCUUGUGACCUCUCUAGAGGCCAUAUUUUUCAUGAGAUCUUCAUGAAAUUUGGUGAGAAUGUUCACCUUUAUGAUAUCUAGGUCAGGUUUUAAACUGGGUCACAUGAGCUCAAAAACUAGGUCACUAUGUCAAAUAAUAGAAAAAACGUCAUACUCAGUUCAAAACUGGGUCAUGUGGGGACAGGUGAGCGAUUCAGGACCAUUAUGGUCCUCUAGUUUCAAAUCUGAUGGCGAAGACCAAUGCAAAUUCAAACUUCCGAUUCCCAUUGCCUUAAACGUAUUGUGAUGGUCAUAGGUUAUAUCACGAACAAAAUUAUAUUUCAUUUGUGUUAUAGCGCACGUAAUCUUUGUCACGAGUAUUCGAAAUCAAGCUAUACCAGUAAAGUUAAACAGUAAAACUAGAUUUUUGAAGAUAGCGUAUAUUUUUCUUCCAAAAACGAUUCCUGAUAUUGCAAGAGUUGACAGAGCCAAGCAAGGGGUUCUUACAUUCAACAAUAAGAUAAAAGGAAUUUGAUAUUUGCUAAGAAAUCCUGUAUUGGCACAUACUAAACAAAGAUUGGCGACUUUACGAUUAUGUUACGUCAGCAGUUAGCGUAGUAAUACGGCAAAUACAAUGUUUUACACGGACAAUAAGAUAAGUUAUUGGUAGUAUAAUCAUCUUCAUCAUCAUCGUCGUCAUUAUGAUAAUGAUUAUUAUCAUUAUUUAUAAUUUUAUAUUCUUCUUAUAUGUAUCAGAGCAAUUCUUAUAUAAAGCAUUUUUCAUAAACAAACAUGAUGGGUAAACGCAACUGGUCUUAGCAUUAAUCUGACUGCAUUUUAUUUAUUUCUAGCAUCCUACUGACCAUGGAAGUAUUAUUAUGAUGCGUCUUAAUCAGUUUAAAAGCUUUCAGCACAAACUGGAACAUUAUACAAAUUGUGAAGGAUAUGUAAAUGUAGGUAUAUUCCAAAGUUCAAGCUGUUGUAUUGUAUAUAUGAAAAUAGAAACGUUCUAAAUGUAAGUGUUGUAAUAUGUAAAAUAAAGUUAUAAAAUAAGA